AUGUCGCUCGAAGCCACUAUGAUCAUUGAAAGCAGCAGGAAUGGCGACUACCUCCCCACAAGAUUCGAAGCUCAAGCAGAUGCCGUAAACAUGAUUCAUUCCGCAAAGACACAAGCGCAUCCAGAAUCGGCCGUUGGUUUAAUGAGCAUGGGAGGGAAGGGUCCAGAAGUCCUAGUUACCUUGACCGCAGAUAUUGGCAAGAUCUUAGAAGGACUUCACCGAACGAAGAUUGGAGGAACCUCACAUCUGGCCUCCAGCAUACAGGUUGCCUAUCUAGCACUUAAACACCGAAAAGAAAAAGCCCAACGACAACGGAUUAUCGUCUUCUCCUGCUCCCCCGUUGUUGAAGACGAAAAGUCCUUCAUCAAACUAGCGUUGAAAAUGAAGAAGAAUAACGUUAGCAUCGACUUUAUUGCGUUUGGUGAACUUGACUCAGAGACAACAAAGAAGCUAGAAGCAUUCCACGAGGCUGUCAACAGCGGAAAUGGAUCAAAUCUCGCAAUCAUACCCCCAGGCCCCAACCUUCUCAGCGAUUCUAUUGUGACAACUCCAAUUCUCGGAGGAGAUGGUACCGGUGCGGGGCGUGGCGAGGAAGGAGGUGAUUCUGGGUCUGGAUUUGAAUUUGGUAUCGAUCCCUCCGCCGAUCCGGAGUUGGCGUUUGCGCUACGCAUGUCAUUGGAGGAGGAAAAGGCACGAUUAGAGAAGGAGAAACAGGAGAAGGAAAAGGAGGCUAAAGGAUCGAUGGAGAAGAUCGCGGAAGAAGGCGGGGAGACGCAACCGCUUCUAAAUGAGAACGGAGAGGCCAGUGGGAGCGGAAGCGGGAAGAAGGAUGGUAAGAAGAAAGAAGACGGGGACAAGAUGGACACCUCGUGA